UGGUGUAUAUGCGUGUAACUUAAAUAGUCUUAUCUUGUAGCUCUUUUCGAUAUCGUUUCAGUAAAUUGUUCAUUUGUAGAAUUAUUCAUUUUCCAAUCUCUUAUCACCGUGUUCGUAAUAUCCUUGUUCUACAAACAAUUAAUAAUAACGAAAUAUACUGAUUAUAUCGAUUCGUUUGUAAACACUUUAAAGUUCUUUCAAACAUUCUUAACUAUACAUGAAGUAUAACAAUAUUUCAAAGUUUACUUGUUAGAAUAAACUUUUAAAAUUUCUUAUACACCAUCGUACAAGGAAAUAAUUAAAAAUUUAUUCACAUUAUAAAAAUACCAGAUCAAGAAAUUCCGCAUAUUGCAAUCAGUAUUGCAAACAUUGCAAGUUAUUAUCUGUUGAGGACACAGUAUUAAUACAUUCUUAAAUGAUCUAUAAGAAAUAUACAUCCCGACAAAUUAGAAAACAUCACACCAUAUUCCAUUUCAGUGGUGGUGGUGGUGGUGGUAGUAGUGGUAACGGUGGCUUGUAACGUCCCUAUCAGUUCAUGAUCGUCUUCUAUAUAAGUUCAACGGUCACGGGUAGUGUUCGUAUUUACAUGCAACAAUUUUGAAGUGAAUGUUAGUACAUAUUAUGAAAAGCAGUUUACAAAAAAUUUUGCUAUUAGGCUUUCUUGUUACUGUUCACUAUUUUGAUUGAUUUGAAGUAUUCGGAAGAUCUAUUGUAAACUACUGCACAUUAAGUACAAAAAUGGGUACUUUUACAAUCAUUUUUACAUUGAUAGCAAUAGGUAUCUCUUGCAUUGGGGCUGUGAAGUCUCCAACAUUUAGCAAUACUUACACAUUAAAAGGAACUUUAUAUAUUCCAUAUGCUGAAAUCCGAGAACCGUUUUAUGCAUGGUAUGAUGGCAAAAGUGGAUCUAGUAGAAUCGAUUAUUAUGGAGGAAUGGUCAAGACUUUCCAAUUAUCACACAAAGGAUCAUAUGGAAAAAGCAUAAAAAUUGCUCCAAUAACUACAGAAUCUGUCCUGAAUGAGGAAACAUGUCUUGAAGUAAAUGGUACUAAAGAAAUUAAGGUUCAACCUCAAGCUAUUAUUCCAGACACAACUGAAAUGGAGUGUAUUGGAGAAGAAGUGAUUAAUGGUUUAUUAUGUGAAAAAUGGAGACUGGAACAGGAGAUUGAUGGAAAAUUAAACAAAUAUACUUUUUGGAUAAGAUAUAAGAAAUCUCCACGUGUACCUGAUUUUAAAGAACCAAUUCCUGUAAGGUACGAGAUGAAAGGAUUCAACAGUCUUUUGGGCUCUCACUAUGAUCAUUACUAUUUGGAUUAUGACUGGUACUCUUCUGAAAAACCUAGUUCAGAAGUGUUUGAAGUUACAACAAAUAUGACAUGUGUUGGUUUUCCCGGACCUGGAGACAAACAUGUAUAUACAUUUAAUCCUAUGCGUGAGUUUGUUCACAAUUAUGACACUCACGUAAAUGAAGCAUUUGAAGAUUUCAAAAAAGCUCAUAACAAAGAAUAUGUAAAUCAUGUAGAUCAAUUGAUGCGUAAAGAAGUAUUUAGGCAAAAUUUAAGAUUUAUUCAUUCGACCAACCGAGCUAAUAAAGGCUACCAAUUGAGUGUUAAUCAUUUGGUAGAUCGUACUGAGUUAGAAUUAAAAGCUUUACGUGGCAAACAAUAUACUGCACAUUACAAUGGAGGACAACCUUUCCCACACAAUGCUGAAAAAGAAGUAACCGAAGUCCCAGAUAGUUUAGAUUGGAGGCUCUAUGGUGCUGUUACUCCUGUUAAAGAUCAAUCUGUUUGUGGAUCUUGCUGGAGUUUUGGUACAACUGGUGCUGUUGAAGGCGCGUACUAUAUGAAGUACGGUAAAUUAGUGCGUUUGUCUCAACAGGCGCUUAUUGAUUGUUCAUGGGGCUACGGAAAUAAUGGUUGUGAUGGAGGUGAAGAUUUCAGAUCAUAUCAAUGGAUUAUGAAGCAUGGAGGUUUGCCUACUGAAGAUGAUUAUGGUGGUUAUCUUGGUCAAGACGGUUACUGUCACAUAAAUAAUGCUACACUGACAGCCAAAAUUACUGGCUAUGUAAAUGUUACAUCAGGCGAUGCUAAUGCUCUAAAAGUUGCCAUUGCUAAGCAUGGUCCAAUUUCAGUCGCAAUUGACGCAUCCCAUAAAACAUUUUCAUUCUAUUCCCAUGGCGUAUACUACGAUGAGUCUUGUGGUAAUACGGAAGAGAGUCUGGAUCAUGCAGUUUUAGCUGUAGGUUAUGGCAGCUUAAAUGGAAAGGAUUAUUGGUUGGUCAAAAAUUCAUGGUCAAAUUACUGGGGCAACGAUGGUUACAUUCUUAUGUCUCAAGAAAAAAAUAACUGUGGUGUAUUAACAGCUCCAACAUAUGUUACUAUGUAAGAAAAAUAAAUAACACUAUCUUUAUUUUUUUAAUAUGAAUGUAUAAGAAAAGAGAUUGUUGAAAAUCGAAAAUAUACAUUCGUUUUUAACGAUAAAA